GGCUGAUCCCGAAUAUUGCCGAACAUGGUAAAGGGAGAUUUCGCAAUCGGCUGCUGUCCAUGUUCCAAACAAAAACAGUGAGAGCGGACAGCGACGGGAUUAAAGUGACACUUUGUGGCCCAGAUCUGUCCGGAUAGACGGAUGGUUGACCGCACAGGCUUCCGUUGAAGACCUGCCGCUCCUCUGCUACCUGCCGCCGUUUCAUCGCUACACCUGAGGAGGCUCCGGUCAAACUUCAGCUCCUGCAGGCAGCACAUCCAAAUGAGCCGGCCGCAGCAGGCGAAACUCACCACAGCUGACCACAACGGCGUGAGCGUCAUCCAGAGCCAGGCCCACGCCGCCUCGUCCUCCUCGUCUCUGCCGGCCGCCGUCGCCGGACUGCAGCAGGUCCCCCAGCUCGUCCCCGCCGACCCGACCGCCGCCGGAGGAAAGGCCCCGCCCCCCAGCAAGAUGAAGAAGCCGUCCGUGGACAAGGACAGCGAGGAGUACCGGCAGCGGCGCGAGCGCAACAACCUGGCGGUGAAGAAGAGCCGCAUGCGCAGCAAGCAGAAGGCCAUGGACACGCAGCAGCGCGUCAACGAGCUGAAGGAGGAGAACGAGCGGCUGGAGGCCAAGAUCAAGCUCCUCAGCAAGGAGCUGAGCGUGCUCAAAGACCUCUUCCUGGAGCACGCCCACAACCUGGCCGACAACGUGCAGCCGCCCGCCGCCGUCGACGGCGCCAGCCCCGUCCCCAACGGCGGCCCGGCCAACGGGCAGUGAGGGGCGGGGCUUCAGGGACUUCAGGGACUGCAGGAUCUCUGGAAGCAGCCUGGCUUCUUCUUCACGGCUUUUCUUCAUGGUUAUCUGUCGUUGUUCCCGUCACCCUGGCCCCGCCCCUUUCCGUGAUGUCACCCGGAGCCGUCUGGUCAGCUUCCAGGUCUGGAAACGACUUUAACUUUGAAACCUGAGACCAGCUGGACUUCAGUCAGCAGGUGAUCCGACACCUGGGGCCCAUCGUCUGAUUGGCUCACAGGAACAAUGGCGCCGGACUGAACGGCGCUCUGUCGGCCCCUCUGAUUGGCUGGUGUGACACCUGGAGUCCGUUUUUAUCCCCGUUGUUUUAUUGUUGUUCCACGUCGAGCUUUUAGAGUUUCUUCACUACAUGUCGGUGUUUAAAGGACAGUUCUGCUCUUUCCCUCCAGCCCGGUUCUGCUGACAGGAAGCGUGAGGCGGAGCGGCCCGGAGCCCGGCGGCCAGAACUGGCCCAGAACUCCGGGUUCUAUGGACAGCGUUGCACAGGUUUGAUGUGGGUGGGGCGGUGGAGGUGCAGGGGGUUCUUCCAGAACCAGGAGGAGACGAGCUGGAUCAGAGGCUCGGCACGGAGCUGCUUCUCCGUCAGAGGCAGCGCAGAACCGGGCUCGACCCGUCCCGCUCUCCCCACAGAACCUCAGGCCCGAUCAGCCGUGAUGCUGGUGGUUCUGCAGGCGGAGGUGGAACGUCUCCGCCUGCAGAACCCUUCAAGGUGAUCCGGUUCUGGUUGAAAAGCAGCAGAUCCAUGCCGGUAAAAAGUGUUCUGGUUCUGGUACCACCAUGUUUUUAUCACGGCGCCGGUGGAAUGGCUAGAAAUGGCGUCCUGCCCUGCGGCGCCGCUAGUUGGCGUUCUUUUACCAACGCAUCAAACUUUACAAAGCAGCUCUAAAACCUCAGCAACACCCUGCGGUUCUGACUCCUGUCAACGGGAGGCCCGGUUGGUUCUGAAUCCCUCCUUUAGAACCCGUUUUGAGGACGCAGCGUCGUGUAGACGAGCUGCAGAACCGCCCAAAACGUUUUAGUCAGGAACCAAUCGGUUCAGUUCAUCCACAUCAGAACAAUCCAUCAGGGACCUGAGCGAGGAACCAGAACCGUCUGAGCCAGCCAGGUUCUGACGCACAGCAGCGGUUCUAGAACCUCCUGGUGGGGGUUCUAGACACCUCGCCUCCCCAGCAGAGCCGCAGCUUUCAUUAAACCCAGGUUUAAACGGGUCGGGUUCUCAUGAGCUCAGGCCCCGCCCCCUCCAGCUGCAGGGGGCGGGGCCUGUGUGCCAGACUUCCUGGUUACCUGCCCACAGGUGUGGUCCUCUCAGGAUUCCUCAGCAUGAGGCGAGUUUUUUAUUAUAUUUUUGUAAUGGUUCUGGUUCUGGUUCAGCUGUGGGAUUUGAACCCGGGACCCGGUGAAUCCUGUUUUUAUGGAUUAUAAAUGAACAGUUCAGAGAGCCGGAUCCGUUCAGGGAACUAAAACCCAGAACACCUUUACC